CACCGGUAGUGACGCAAAAAUGGCGUGCUCCGCAGCCCGGCUAACAACACGCUGUCUAGCAGCGUCGGUUUCUUCUGGACAUCUCAGCGGCAGUUUUCUCGGUGUCCCCAAGAGAAAUGGAGGAGUCUGUCAAGCGACAGUCUGGCAGGCGCUUCGGGGAAGGAUAACGGUUAGCCUGAGCUCCUGGACUCGCGGAAAUGUCGUGACAUUGACAGGACUGUCAGGGGUGAGAUGUCCCCAUGGAACAAGCUGCCGCUUUUUCCACUCCAGCAGCAAGCUGUCAAGCAAACAGGACUUCUAUGAAAUCUUGGGCAUUUCUCGCACUGCCUCACAGAAGGACAUCAAGAAGGCUUACUAUCAGUUGGCAAAAAAGUACCACCCAGACACCAACCCAGAUGAGCCAGAGGCCAAAGAGAAGUUUGCCAAGCUGGCGGAAGCAUAUGAGGUGCUGAGUGAUGAGGUGAAGAGAAAGCAGUAUGACACAUACGGGGCAGCAGGUUUUGACCAGAACCGUGCUGGAGCUGGCCAGCAGCAGUACUACAGGGCAGGUGGAACACAAAUAGAUCCCGAGGAGCUCUUUAGGAAGAUCUUUGGAGAGUUUUCAGGAGGUGCGGGCUUUGGGAAUAUCCACAGCAUGUUUGACCAAAGGCCUGAGUAUGUGAUGGAGCUGACAUUUUCUGAAGCAGCUAAAGGUGCAAAUAAGGAUUUGAGUAUAAACAUUGAUGACAACUGCCCAAGAUGUGAUGGAAAAGGCAAUGAGCCAGGCACCAGGGUGUCCCAGUGUCAUUACUGCAAUGGCACAGGCAUGGAGUCGAUCAACACGGGUCCUUUCAUGAUGCGCACCACGUGUCGGCGAUGUGGUGGGAAAGGCUCCAUCAUAAUCACGCCCUGCGCUCUGUGCCGAGGCUCCGGCCAGACCAAGAAGAGACAGACAGUCACUGUACCUGUGCCUGCUGGAGUGGAUAACGGUCAGACUGUACGCAUGCCAGUUGGAGCAAAAGAAAUCCUCAUUACAUUCAGGGUCCAGAAGAGCCCGGUGUUCAGACGAAAUGGAGCAGACAUCCACUCUGAUGCGUUUAUUUCCAUAGCUCAGGCUAUCCUGGGAGGCACAGCUACCACGCAGGGCCUCUAUGACACCAUCAGUAUAAUGAUCCCAUCUGGCUGCCAGGCAGAUCAGGUGAUUCGGCUGCAGGGCAAAGGCAUUCGGAGGAUGAACAGCUUUAGUUAUGGAGAUCACUUUGUUCACAUCAAGAUCAAAGUGCCUAAGAAGUUAACUCGAAGGCAACGUUCUUUGUUGCUGAGUUAUGCAGAGGAGGAGACGGAUGUUCAGGGUAGUGUCAAUGGUGUUGAUCCUUCAGCAGGAGGGCGCAGCAGCACUUCAGGUUCUGGUGCAAAGCCGAGCACGCCAGAAGAGGAGAGACAGGACAAGCAGAUAAAAGACUAAAACAACGCUGUGAAAGAAGAAAAGAAAUCCACUAUGUGAACCUUCACACCUCCUGCUUGGGAAAUUGAGAGCACGGACUGGAGGAAAGAGGCAGAGUGGUUGAAGCUUAGGGUGGGAAACAUCCAUGCAUCCAACCGACCCGAGACGAUGGACAGAUGCCUGGCCGAGAAACUCAGUAUCUGCUUAGAAGUGACAUGGCGACUUACUAGUCUUCUCCUUGCUUACUGUGGCUGAAGCAGCGCUCUGUAGAAAGCAACAGUCUCUCAGACAUUUAAGAUGAGCCUGUAAGUGGCAGACAAAUAUUAAAGACUUGGGGAUAAAGCAGGCAGAGAAACUCUAUUGCAGCUGGAUGUGCCCUAAAAUGAUUGAAUGGAAGUAGAUUAUAACAGGAUAUUUUCAUUGACACUUCUUAAUGAAUCAUGCAGUUUUAUUUUAACCCCCCCCCCCCCCCCCCCCCAAAACAGUGUAAUUUGAUUAUAAUUGUAUUUAAUAAUGUAUAAUCUUCAAUACAUUCAAAUAAAUGGUUAGGAUUGUUGUACAACUGUUUGCCACAAGCCUCAGAAAGACCUGAGUAUUGUUUAGCUCUCCCAUAAGCUGCAGUACAAACUGAGAAAAGAA